UUUCUAUUCUUCCGACAGAUUACCCGUUCCUCAGCAGUCACAGAUCAGCUCCCAAGAGUCUCCAACGACCUCUCCCUUCAGGCAACCUCUCUCGGACUCGCAGAUGAAGCGUUGAUGAGAAAGGAGCGAAAGAUCACAAGCUCACUGAAUUUUUCCAGCGGGAAGAGUCCUCGUUCAAAUCACAGAAACUCGGAGGCCCGGGAAAGAGGCUGCAGGAAGAAACGUCUCUCCCGGCGGGAACAUAAUGAAAAUGAAGAGAGGGAAGCCAGACGUCUGAAAAGGAAACAGGUGGCAUCUAGGUCCCUGCAGCAGGAGGAGGAGUUGGAGGCGUUGAGGUGUUUUCCAAUGAGGGGAGGAGAAAGUGGGAUCGAAUCAAAAUUCGGCCAUCGUCUCGGAAAAGCAAGAGUCUUCGAAAACCAGGCUUUUGACGUCAAGCGCCUGAGACGUGAAGACCGGAGGCAGUGGCUGGAAAAUAUCAGACAGGCAGCUGCUCUGAUGGUGACUCUGGUGUAUCAGGAUGGUUCUUCACAGCUAAAACCCGACAAAGUUACAGUCGGCUUCUCCGGCAAGAGGAAUCUCGGUGUUAAUAAAGAGUCGGACCGGCGGCCUCGACCUUCGACCGCUAACGCGGCCGCCGAGGAUGAACUUGGCAGAAGCGACAGGCGUGUUUUCCUGGGAACGGGACCCUCCCUGGAGCGGGGCCAGGAGGGCGAGGCGAAAGAUCACUUCUCCAGUUGCUCAAUUAAUGCCUUUUUAUCACGAAGGAAAGUGCCGUUUGAAACACUGAAGCGUACAGGUCCCAUCAUCUGCUUUAAUGCGAAGGAUUUUCUGAGAACCAUCCUGCAGAGCUCUGGCAGCGAGAUCACCUGGAAACGAGCUGAGCUGCGGUUUUGGUUAAAGGGCGCGCCAACACCGCGGUCGUCGUCACUGAAAUGUCACCCCCUCCUGGUAGCGUCUUUCAGUUCCUUCUUCGUAUAUUCUGGGCACUUAAGGAGCCUUCAUUUCAUUCAUUUGAUUGUUUUUCCAGUUGCCAGCUGUACUGUGUUCGGUCCCAGAAUCGCCGCCUGGCUCCUAGAUCCCGAGGACACCGUGCCCUGUUCUGAAGAUCUGGUGGCAAAAUCUUUUGAAAAAUCCACCUCUGUGGGAAAAGAGGGGGAAAAUGCGGAUUCUUCACCCGGUGCAGUGGUGAGGAUUUUAGAAAUGUUCCCAAUCCAGAAAUAUUGGCGGGAUAGACAGGUUGGUUUUCAAAUCUUCCUCCAAUCCAGUAAUAACUUAGUAGGCUCAGGUCGGUGCGAUUUUCUCACAUAUCUGAUUAUUUCAUACGAAAAUUCCAACUUCUCUUACCAGGAACAGGAUUUAUGUGCAAACCUGAAGCCUCUUUCCAGACUGACGAUGGAUCUUUGUACCAAAUUACAGGCGAGAUUUUUAAAAUCUGGAAUGCGAGAUUUAAGGUUCUGUCCACCAUCUCCGGACACCCAGAAGAUUCAGGUGAACCAAGAAGAGCCGAGAAGGACGUCAGAACUCCCCGGGGCCCGUCUGACGGAACUGGAGCAGCAGGCCCACCUCCGGGCCGGACGGCCGCUCCCCCUGACCGGCGGCCAUCAGCUCAGAGAGAUUGGGCACGACCAAUUCAAGUUGCCUCCGCCGUGCGAAAGUAAGCCCCCUCCCCGAACUGAGCUCCGGAAAUACCCAUCCACCUCAGAAGCUGCGUUAAAUGCUCUGCGAGACCCGCGGCCUUUACCCGAGGUCAUUUCAGAGUACGGGCAGGGCUUCAUUUCACCCACGUGGAAUCGGACCGGAACCGUGAGUGGCGGACUUUGAGCCAAGCAGCCCAAUAUUCAAGGCAUCUCAAGACACCCAAUCCAAAUUACCAGACGUCAGUACAUACGAGGGAAAGAAGAAGAUGAAAUAGUGACUAUUUCCCCAAGAUCGACGUUUGUUUCAGCCAAAGGUUGCAUGUUCUUAGCAGCAGACUUUUCUCGGGUGGAACUGCGGAUCCUCGCGCACUCGUCUCGCGAUCCAGAACUCCUCGGGUCGUUCCGGGAACCAGAAAGCGCAGAUGUCUUCACUUCACUGGCUUCGCAAUGGAAAGGCCUUCCUCUGGAAGAGGUGAAGCCGGCAGAGAGAGAGCAGGCCAAGCGUGUCGCGUACUCGGCCGUGUACGGAGCAGGCAAAGAACGCCUUGCUGCUGCUUGCCUGGAUGUCACCCCUCCUCAAGCCGGUCGGUUUAUAGAGAGUUUCCUGCAGAAAUACAAGAAAGUUCAUGAUUUCACACAAGAAACCCUCGCCCAGUGCCACAGAGAAGGUUCCGCCGCCGACCUCUGUAGACUGGCCAUGAUUGAGAUUUUCAAGUCCAUCUCCGUUUCCCCAACCCUGUCCCCUAGGAGAGAUCGAUUCGAUUUGUCUUGCAAAUCGACCCGAUGCGGCGCGUCCUCCGUGCCCGCCCUCUACCGCUGCAGACAUCUUUUAUGA